GGUCGCUUUGCGCUGUUGAUCAACCACAUCCCAGUCAGCAUGCAGGACCAUGCAUAUCCGAAUGAUGAUAGGCCCAUAAGCCCUUGCUGUCCCGCAGCUUGUGAGGGGAAGUUCGACGGCAUCAGAAUGAGACGUCGUCGAAUUAUGGCUUGAGGUUGUUAUCUUCAUCUUCUCAACAAGGCAUCUCCAUGACCUAUUCUUGCCUGACAUGGCUGCCGCUUUUUGUCUGUUUGGGCUGCUCUUCCCUUCCGUUCUCUCCUUCGGCGCUGCGCAAGGCACGAGCGGCCAUGCCUACCCUCUCUUUGAGUACGAGACAAGAUCGUUGACAGAGGAGGGGCUCGAAAAGUUACUCGCCGGGGCAGGUGCUUCGGACAGUGCCUCUCUCUUUGCGUUCGACGACGGAACUAAAGCAAACCCGGGUCCAAGCGGACCAGCUUGUAAGGUAUUUCCAGGGGAUGCAGAAUGGCCAGCCCAAAAUACUUGGCAGACAUUCGACGACCUCCUCGGCGGAGCUCUCAUUGAGACCGUGCCGGUCGCCGCCCCGUGCUAUCAAAACACGGGUAUCUACGACGCCGAAAAGUGUGCCGCUGUGCGCGAUUCCUUCAGCAACCCCUAUUUCCAUGAAAAUGACCCGACCUCCAUCUUUUGGCCGCUGUACCAAGGACGGACAUGCAUGGUGACGGACGACCCCAACAGCAGCAACUGCACCCACGGAGCCUUCCCCGUCUAUGCUGUAAAUGUCAGCAGCGUCAGCCAAAUCCAGCUCGCCGUCAACUUUGCCCGCAAUGCCAACCUACGGCUCGUCAUCAAGAACACGGGCCACUGCUACCUCGGCAAGAGCAGCGGGGCUGGCGCCCUCAGCAUCUGGACGCACAACCUAAAGAACCUCGAGUACCAUCCUGAUCUCGAGAUUCCUGGAUACUCCGGGCCGGCAAUCAAGGUCGGCGCUGGGGUGACUGUGCGGGAGGUAUAUGCGGAGGCCGAGAGAAACGACGUGAGCGCGCUGGGCGGUAUCUGCGAGAGCGUCGGGUAUGCGGGCGGGUACGUCACCGGUGGUGGUCACACGCCUCUUUCCGGACUCUACGGCAUGGCAGCCGACCACGUCAUGGCUCUGGAAGUCGUCACAGCCGACGGGCACUUCAUCACCGCCUCGCCCGAGGAAAACACCGACCUGUACUGGGCGCUCCGCGGCGGCGGCGGCGGCACGUUCGGCGUGGUCACCUCCAUCAUCAUCCGCGUGCACCCCAAACUCCCCGUCGUCACCUCCACCUUCACCCUCAGCACGUCCCCCACCGUCAGCGCCGACGCCUUCUGGGAGGCCAUGUACAGCUACUUCUCCCUCUUCAUCCCCUUCACCGACGCCGGCACCUACUCCUGGUUCACGCUCUUCAGCGACACCAACGGCAGCCACACCUUCAGCAUGGAGCCCUUCUUCGCGCCCAACCACACCCUCACCAGUUUCACCACCCUCGUCGAGCCCUGGUUCGCCAAACUCCGCGCCCUCCACAUCCCCUUCACGCCCACCACCACCGCCCACCCCUCCUUCUACGCCGCCUACAACGCCACCUGGGGCAGCAACAUCGGCCUCAACAGCGCGGGCCGCAUCUCCGUCCCCAGCAACCGCCUGCUCCCGCGGCGCAACUGGGAGGACCCGGCCUUAUUCAACGCCACCUUCGCCGUGCUGCGCCGCCACGCGUCCGCGGGACGCUUGCUGAUGGGCUACCACCAGGCGCCGCGCAACCGUGCGGGGGUGGACAACGCGGUCAACUCGGCGUGGCGCGAGGCGGUGUGUUUUUUGAUCUUGUCGGGCCGGCUGCCGGCGGGGGUGACGGAUCCGACGGCGGAGCAGGUGCGCGCGGCGUCGGUGGAUUUGCAGGAGGAGGUGAUUGCGCCGCUGAGGGAGGUGGCACCGGAGAGUGAGGGGGGUGGGGCGUAUCUGAAUGAGGCGAAUGUGGAUGAGCCGAUGUGGAGGGAGGCGUUUUAUGGCGUGCAUUAUGAGCGGUUGUUGGAGGUCAAGAGGGCGUGGGAUCCGAGGGAGGUGUUCUAUGCGACCACGGCGGUGGGGAGUGAGGGGUGGGAGGUGAGGGAUGGGGAGAUGGGCGUGCAGACGCAGAAUGGGAGGCUGUGUCGGGUUUGAGGUUGUUGGUUCUGGAUUGCGUUCUUUUGUUUCGAACGGGCUGAGGAAAAUAUUGGAAAGCUGGUGCGUGUGUAUACUGUGCGAGUUGGAGGGGGGUUGGCGAUCGCGGUGCUCAAUGUCCAGUUGGUGGCAGA